GGGGAUUUGUGCAGUCUGACACCGUGUUGCCCUCGCCCAUCAGAAGCGACGAGCCAGCCUGCAGAGCCAAGCCUGAUGCCAGCAUGAGCCAUGGAGAGAGCCAGCCUGAUCCAGAAGUCCAAGUUGGCCGAGCAGGCUGAACGCUAUGAGGACAUGGCAGCCUUCAUGAAGAGAGCCGUGGAAAAGGGUGAGGAGCUAUCCUGCGAAGAGCGCAACCUGCUCUCAGUGGCCUACAAGAACGUGGUGGGUGGCCAGCGGGCCGCGUGGAGAGUCCUGUCCAGCAUCGAGCAGAAGAGCAACGAGGAGGGCUCAGAAGAGAAGGGCCCGGAGGUGCGAGAGUACCGGGAGAAGGUGGAGACGGAGCUCCGGGGCGUAUGCGACACGGUGUUGGGCUUGCUGAACACCCAUCUCAUCAAGGAGGCCGGUGACGCCGAAAGUCGGGUCUUCUACCUGAAAAUGAAGGGCGACUACUACCGGUACCUGGCUGAGGUGGCCACCGGUGAUGACAAGAAGCGCAUCAUUGACUCAGCCCGGUCGGCCUACCAGCAGGCCAUGGACAUCAGCAAGAAGGAGAUGCCGCCCACCAACCCCAUCCGCUUGGGCCUGGCCCUGAACUUUUCUGUCUUCCACUAUGAGAUCGCCAACAGCCCCGAGGAGGCCAUCUCGCUGGCCAAGACCACCUUCGACGAGGCCAUGGCUGACCUGCACACCCUCAGUGAGGACUCCUACAAAGACAGCACCCUCAUCAUGCAGCUGCUGCGGGACAACCUGACGCUGUGGACGGCCGACAACGCCGGGGAAGAGGGGUGCGAGGCUCCCGAGGAGCCCCAGAGCUGAGCCGUGCCCGCUGCCCUCCCUGCCCUGCCCUGCCCGCUCGUCCCCCACUCCUGGCAGAGAGGACUUGCACGGGGUGGGAGGCCCAACCCUUCUCCCCAGAUGCUCUGCCCCAGCUCAGAAAGGCUCCACAGAGAGGAACCAGCAGAGCUGAGGCCACCUGAAGCCAGAGGAUUCCAUGCUUCCUGCAGCUGUCAGGUGCUCCUGGCCACUGGUCAUCCCACCCAGCCCUGCUCU